AUGCUGUUCAACGGCGACUUCUUGGAAGAGGAGUAUUCCAGCCUUCCGCCCUAUGAAGGGACUGAGAUGCUUCCGGUCCCGGGAAAUGACGACUCCCCCGGACUGUCAGUGGAGGCCGACGUCGGAGCAGUAGGUGGCUUGCACGGACAAGACGCCGUUCGACGCAUGCUGCAACUGCUUAGACCGCAAGACUUGCCUAGCGGAACAGCGGGAGCGGACACGGGCAACGGCGAGGGCACGAGCGUGGAGGACUUCCCGCCCCUGCUUGGAAAGAGCUACUUGCGAGCCUCGACGCAUUCCACGACGACCCGGAUGCGAUCAAGAUUGUUUCAGGCGGAGGCGGGUGGCAAGGGAGGCGCCGGAGCGUUGGCUGCUUCAUCGGCGUUCGCUCUCCCUCCCUCUUCCACCGAAGAGGGACGGGGAGAGUCGGACCCAGCCGCAAUCCUGACCUCAGCUUCGAUGCGCAUGUCUCUCACGCUCAUGGGGGCCCUUCGCGCCACGGUCCCAGGGUUGUUCGCGAGCAUGGCGCAAACCCUCAUGGAUCUCUUUCAGGCAUCCGCACCUUUCGCUCUGGGACAGGUCGGGUCGUCCUCGGCGUACCUCGAGACUUUGACGCAAGUACGUGAGGUGGCUGAGAGGGUGGCGACUGUCGAGAGCGGGUCGUCCAAGGACGAGAGAACGCAGGCUGUGGCGCUGCUCCUGUCUCUCGGGGUUGCGACGGGAUCCGUGUCGGACGUGCUCCGGGUGGCCAUGCUCUUGUUGGAACGGGACGCGCCGGCACUUCCCCCUUCCGCUAGCGGGCCCCUGGAGCAACUCAGGAACCACUCCACGCCUCCCAAGGUUUCGAUCCCUAAACCCGGCACCUGGACAGCGUCUUUCCCGGCACGCCUGGACACCGAGGCCGAAGGCACAAGUGGAUCGACUCCCUCGAGUGCCCGGCGAGGCGCUGGUGGUAGUGGCGGGAACGGCCCCAAGGAUGGAGCGGCGGCGGCAGGCGGGGGUUGCUGUAACCCUGCUACCGACGGGGUGUAUGUCUACGUCUGGGAUGCCGAUACGAAGCGGGUGCACAAGGUGGGCACGGGUUUCCACGGAACGCUGGCCGGAAACGUGUACAUGUCGAGCAAGAAGGUUCUCGACGACAUUCGCGUUUUCAAGGGCAUGGAGCCUGCCCCAGCGGAGGGAGACGAGGAGGAUCAGGACGAGGACGAGGACGAGGGCGAGGGCGAGGGCGAGGGCGACGCUGCGAGUCCUCAAGCCAAUGUACUCAACGCACGACAUCGCCAGAGCGGUGGCAAUGGUGGCGUCGUCAUGUCGGAGGCUGCCGCUCAACGGAGGCGCUCCUUGAUGGGCACGGGGCUAAACAUCGGAGGGGGACUGGGAUUGGGGAUGAGUGACAGCGAUGACGGCGAGCCUGAUCGUCUAAACGACGCCAUGGAAGGCUUUGAGGAAUUUUUCGAGCCCAUUAGCUUCAAUGUGAGUUGGGAGAGAUUAUCCGCGUGGUUAGGGUGUACGACGGGGCGGCACAAGCCGAUCGCUAUGAGCCUGAGGGACUAUUGGGGCAGGUUCGGACUGAGUUCCAUGGUGACCCGGCCCUCCAUGCCUUCCUCGUCCUCGUCCUCCAUGCCUUCCUCUUCCUCGUCCUCUUCCUCUUCCCCCUCUUCGUCCUCCUCGGAUUCAUCCUUCACCUUCUCCCCGGAUCCCGCCGCAAUCCCCCUCCCAAGAGCUACACCCCCGCAGCCCCCUGUGCCCUCUUCACGAAGAGGCUCCGCAACCCCUCCGCCGCUGCCCGCGGCAGCGACAGGGGGGGUGGGGGUGGCUUCACCUGCCCCUCGGGGGGCGGGCGCCGCUCAAUCACCGCCUGAGCGACAGCGCUUGGGCGGCAGCGGCAGCGGCGGCGGCGUGCGGCUGCACCGGGUGCCGUCGCCGGUCCGGCAAGUGCCGGCGAACGGCCAGUCUCCGAUGACCGUCCCGCCGACGGGAAGCGCGGCGAGGACGCCCCCCGACAGCCGGACUAGGUCCCGCUCCUCGUCUCCCCCGCGAACGAUAGACGCGAUCCUCGGUGCUAUGGGAACCACGAGGGCGAGGGAGAGCGGCGCUAGGAUCGGGGUUGCGAUGGCGGUCGGAGCAGGGACGGUUGGAUCCCUCGCGGUGGGACUCGGCGGGGGUAGCAGUGGGGACGGGGGCGGCGGCGGCGGUGGCGACGGUGGCGGCGCGAGGGGGAACGGGCUGCUGAGAUUUAGGGCGCUGGAAUUCAGGGAUGUGCUUCGCGAGGUUCCUGAGUCCGGUUACCCCGAAGAGGGUAAUGCUUUCGGCGAGGGCGGGGAAGCGAUGGAGGAGGACGACGAGGGGUACAUCCUCGACUGCAAGGUCGUGCACGGCUUCCGGUGGUACAGGGUCCGGGUGACCACUCGCGCGGUGUCGACCCAGGCGUCCGGGGCGCUGUCGGCCGAUGAGAUUGCCGUGCUACGUCCGUCAGACUUGGCCCUCGUAGAGGUGGUUAGCCUGGCCGACCUGCCCAUCCCAGGCUUUCCGGCUUCGCCUACCGAAGCGCAUCAGGCAAAGCCCAAAGACGGUUUGGAGGAGAAACAGGAGGUGGGCCCCGAGGAUGGGGGCCUGGGGGACGUGGCGGGAACGGAAGACGUGAUGGAGUUCGCUUACGCUGACCUCGGAGCAUUCGUGGCGGAGUGCUCCUCCAACUCGGAGCUGUCCGGAGGGAUUGAGCUGUUCCCGUCCCCGGGUGCUGGGAUUUCCAUCGCCAUGCAGAGCCUUUUGGUGGAAACGUCGCUGAGUGGGAACACCUGGACCACCCUGGGCUUGUGGAUAGCCUCCGAACAUGAGCAGGAGGAGGAAGGAACGGCCGAGUACUCGGCGAAGAUCACGGCAGCCGAAGGCGUAACCAACAUCGCAAGGUUCGUCCGCUACACCCUAGCGCCUUCAGCAGCGACCCCCCCCCCCUCGUGCUUGCUGACCCGGCUGUCGGCAACCGGCCCAAGCGAGGAAGUCCCGAAGGGUCUGUGUCGGGAGGAGGAGGAAGGCGGGUUUCCGUUUCCCGCCAUGACGACUGAUUCGAGGCACAUCAUCCUCGUGUGCCCGGCGGAAGGCGGGCAAGAGGGAGACGACCCGAAUAUUGCGGCUGCGGCAGCAACGGCGUUGGGUGAUGAUGACUCUCCACGCAGGCUGGAGUUAUUAUUCCUGGACCCAGAAGACGGGUAUCGCCUCGUGAGGACCGCUACGCUAGCGUGGGGCAUGGACGAGACGGACCUCCACCAGAACGCGAUGUUGUGCGACGGAGAGAGACUAGUCAUGCUCACUCACAGAGACUCCGGAGUGCUCUGUCGGUGGCGAAACGACGGAUUAGCGCCCAUCUUCGCGCCGCCUCGACCAAACCCUCCCGAGGGCUCACGGCCAUCAACACUGCUGUCUCCACGCGGAGUGGUGCCUUCGGAGGGCGAGGGAACCAUGUCGCUGGACUCUGCCGCACCGGGGAAAGUGUCGGACACCACCGAGCGAAUGGCCUGGGCUCGAAUCAUGCUGGGUUCUUCGUCCCCUUCUCACCGCGUCGAGGGGCUUGAGGAGGCUGGCUUGCUGGAUCUACACGGCCCUGCUGGUUCGGGAGAGGAGGGGGGUGACAAGGCGGUGCUGUGCGCAAGGGGGCACGCUGCUCUGUUGCUGGGUUAUCUGGAAAGACUCGGCGAGCCGUACGGGCCCCCAGAGGAGGAUGUUGCCGAGCCCCGGGUGCGGUGCGAGCUGGAAGCCGCCUCCGGCGGUAAAGACGACGGGAACUUUUCCAGGCUGCUGGUGAGGGGAGAGGAUCGGAGUUGCAAGGAGCCAGGCAUGAACGUCCUGGUCCUGACGGAGACUCUGGAUGCAGGAGGACAAGCCGCAACGACCUUCGCCACUCACCAAUCUGAGCACGCCUCGAACCGGCUCGCGGACUACCUCAACAAUGUGCCCCAGGGCCGCACGGUGCUGAUAGCCGUGCAGGAGGAUUGCUCUGGAAACCUCGGCAACUCCGCCAAAAGAGCACUCUUGUCCAUGGGGGCCGGGACCACAGAGAUUGCGGCGCUCGGCAUGCACAAGCGCAGCUCGUUCGCGAUGAUAGGCCGGAGGGGCGCCAGCCCAGGCUCAGUACCUCAGGGGUGUGCCACCGUCAGGCAACGUCUACCGGCCCCAAAGGUGCCAAUGUGCGUGGACGUGUCGAAGGAGACUCUCGACAACCUCGUCACGCUUAUUCUCAGGCACGAAUCGGUCCUCCUGCAGCAGCAGCCGGACGUACCAUCACAGCACGUAGCAUCAGAGGUUGCCGCAUCAAGUUCUGCUCGCGGAAGGGGUGGACAGACGGUAACGAAGGAGGUAGAUGUUGACGGUGGUGUGGGACAGGCGGAGCUGGACGCAGCGGUUGUGCUGUCGGCGGUGAACAUCCUCACCAACCUGAUGUUCCAGCUGCUGAGAGGCUCUACUCCGGCUGCGGCUCUGGCUUCGUUUUCCCCGGACAAACUGGGCCCUCUACUGAGUGUUCUGAUUGCCGUCAUCGACCAAAACCGACCGGAGGUCGGGGAGCAAGAAGGAAGCACGCAACCACUGCCGACGCCGCAUCCCUCUGUCCGAGCGCCUCGCAAGCAGAGCGACGAGAAGGGCCUCGGGUCGAAAGACAAGGCUGCAGGGGUUGCCUCGGCAUCAACUCCCUCGGCUGCCGAUAUCGGCACUGCGGUCCGCAGGGUGUCAUGCGCCGGCAGCGUUGGCUCCUCCGCCCUUGACCACAGCGGCGGUGAUGGAGGCGGUUGUGCUGAUGCCGGAGGGCGAAGAGCGGUUGCUGUGGGGAGCGCGGGGGUACGGCAGGAUUUGUUGCAGAAAGCGUGCCUUCGGCUGUUCGUGACGGGCAUGGACUUGUUUUUCCCCUCGUGCGCGCAGAGGUAUAGCCUGCUGGCGAGGUAUCUCUCCAAGUAUCUCAGCGACGGCCUGAGCCCAGCAAGAGAGACCGUUCUAGAGCUUCUGCUCCGCCGGAUGUCCGACCCCGGUCAGCUGGUGGAGAUAGUGGUGCGACCCAAUGUUUCCGCGAAAGUCAACGAACCAAACCCUUUCGUCGUUUCCCCGCCGAUCGCGGCGACCGGGGCCUCCACUCCCAAGAACGAGGGUGUGUUGCCCGGGAAAGACGAUGUCGCGAAGGCGGCGACGGCGAUGGUAGCGACCCCCGCUCCAUCCGCGAACGAAUUGCAAUGCCUACUGCUCUCUGUCGCCACAGCUGAAGGGGUUUCCAGGAUCAAGGCGUUGCAACACCGCUCCCGAGAAAAGAAUACAGGGGAUCGUGGGAAUUCAGGGCGGAGAAGCGUGGAAGAUGGUACCGCUUUGACGGGAGGAGUGGGGGAGGCUGCGGUGGAGAUGCUGGGACGGUUGAUGAACCAGCUCCUUAGUAGCGCGGAUUGCGUGAUCAUGGAGUCAGAUCUUGAAGCCUUCGACAUGCUCUGCGAAGAAGAAAUUGCUUGCUUCUUGGAAGCGAUGGGACUCGCGCCUCUUCCUACUCAUUCAACAACGGCCAACAGCGCCAGCGGUGACACCAACAGGAAAGCAGCGGCUUCGAAUGUUUCUAGCGCUACUAAUGGUACAGCCGUUGGGCUUGACUCGACGCAUGCUCUAGCUACGGUGACUGGGACAUGGCUUGGCAAGGAUGUAUCGGCACCCAGCACUCUGGUCGUGCUCAUUACGGCCUUAUGCAGGUCAUGCGCCGCGUUGGCAGCCCAAGCUGCGGCGACGGCUGACGCGAUUGGUGAGGGUGUCUCGGCUGGCAAGGGAAUCUUGUCCGAGGAGGCUGACCGCAUCUUGCAGGGGCGCUUGAGCACCAUGGCACGGGAGAUCGUGGGAGUGAUGACGAUGGUUUCCAAGUUGCUGGAGAGGGUACCAAAGGACCGACUGUCCGUGGCCGGGGUUAGAAAGGGCGUGGGCACCGUCAACAAGUCUGUGGCCACUAUGAACGUGUUCGUGUUCGGGCCACCCUCUACCAGGCUCAUAAACUAUAUGCCUCGUGCCAGUAGAAAGGCUUACGAACAUCGAUGUCAUUCGGAGUUUUUUGUCACGCGAUUUCCGUCGUGUUUCCGCAAGGUGAUGGAGAGCAAGCACAACUACGAAGCGCUGACGAAUGAGACCCUGGUUCUGGAGAUCAAAGGCGCUGCCAGGAUGGUGGUGACGUUUGAUGAACGCUCGCGCACAGAAGAGGGGUACGACUAUUUGGUGUUUUGGAAGGACGAGUUGAAGACGGAGUCAUGGCAUCCGAGAAUUCCCAGGCUCUCGGGCACCGGGAGCUCUUGCAACUUCCCGGGGUUCGGCGGCAGGGAUCCGCUAGUGAUCGAGGCGGACAGGGACGGAGGCGGCUACUGGCUGCUGGGCGUAGACCGGCAACUGGCAGGGGCCGGAGCGGCUCUUGCGGGGUGCCUCGUGAUCUCCAAGCCUUGGGGAGGCAAAGCCGAGGACGACAACGCCCCAUGGAUGGAAGAUGACCUCUUAGCUGGGGCAGUGUCGCCCGAGACUGCCGCUGCCGCUGCUGCUGCUGUCGGCUCUUCUCCGACGUCCGCUGCCAGCCCUGCGACAACGCUGCCGUCAACGUCAACGUCAACGUCAACGGUAACGCCAACAGCAGAUGGAGUUACUUCGGCCGGUCGUGUGCCGGCGGGAGGGGGGUUGCCUCGCGAGGUAUCCGUGGGAGAUGUUGGAGCAGCCGUGCCGUCGCUGGCAACAAAUGUACCGCCCUCCCCAGAGCUCGUACUGCUGCAGGAAGUCGUGGACAGGCUUGAGGGGACCGGCGGCAGCUCGUUGUGCAAGGUUAUGCGAGCAAAAGUCGGUGAGGACCAAGGAUCUGUGGAGGCUGUGAACCGGGCGGUUUACGCUACGUGUGCUGCGCUGAUUUGGCACCAGGGGCUGGGCCCAGAAGCGCUGGCAUUAGCGGAGGGUAGGGUGGCAACACCGUCGAAGGCGCUUUCAAAGGCGUGGAGAUUCGGGCAACAGAUGCGGCAGUUCUUCGACUAUGGUGACGUGCGUGACGCCGUCAACAGCCAGAUGGAGCUUCAGAGGCAGCAGGUGAGCGAGCGAAUCGUCUCUCGAGCCCUCUUCCUUCUGAGCCUGCCAUCCCAGGCAACACGCGUGUCCAUCCAAGAGCAGUCCAAGCGACGCUGGUCAAUUCUGGCCAGGCUUGGCGGCGUGGGAAGUAUGCAGCGGACGUCUAGCCAUGGCAACAGCCCGGCAGAAGGCUUGGACUUGCUGGAGAAGUGGAAGGAAGUCGUGGACGAAGCCACCGCCAUGCGAAAGCUCAAGUCCAUCCUCGUGUAUCGCCGCAAGGCCGCAGACAUGCGCGAAAGGGCCAAGGAAAACUCUGUGAGCGAGCGCAUCAUGAAAUUCGUUCAGUGUCCCGCUGACGUGAGCCAGCUGGAAAUGGUGAGGCAGUGUCGAGACCAGCGAGCGAAGCUUAGGGCUGAAGGGCUCCGUCUUACCCGAGCCCUCGUGGCAGCGGCAGCAUCGCCUCAAGCGAAGGCGUGGUUGCUCUCGUCGCAUGCUGAGUCUAUUCGUCUCACCAAGAGAGAAGACAGGCCGGGGGCGCACGUCCACUACCUCAGCUCCGUUGAAGGCUGCGAGCCAAGCGCGUACCUGGCCCUCGCUCGGCAGUUUGCGCUCCUCAUCGAGUGCACCCUUCAAGUUCUCAAGGAUUGCUCGAGGCCCAAGAAGGGCGAGACUCCUGCCCACGCUGCGGAGCGGAGGCUUCUCGCCGUCAGUUCAUUGCAAGCGCUGGCGCUAGAUUACGACCUGGGGGACCACGAGAUCCUCAAAGAGUCUAAUCUGUUGGAGGUGCUCGAGCCACUGCUGCAGAGCUUCAAUGGGCCUGGCGGGGUCGAAACCGGUAACACCAAGAACACCGAUGAAGAUGCCAACGCGACCAACCCGUCUGAGCCCGCGGAACCAAAGGCCAACGCUUGCGAGCCAUCGCUGGUCAGCAAUGCUGACAACGACACCAAUGGCAACGGUGGUCACGACAGCGAAGACGGCGAUGAUAGCGACGACGAGGAGUUCUUCGACACCGGCUCUAUCGGUGAUGACAUCGCUGCCCUCGAGGCCGAGCUGCAGGAGGAGGAGGGGCUACUACUCGACGAGGCCAACGGUGCUGGCGACGGGGAGCUUGCGUCGUACCUCCCUGGUGCUAGGGAAGAGUCGGUGCGGAAAGCGGCUUGGUGCCUAUUCGAAGUGCUGCUGCCGCGGUGUGUCGGGCUAGAGGGCCAGGGAUUGGAAACACGGCUAGAGGAGCCGACGAGCUUCAGCCACAGGCAUGCUGCUGGCGGUCCUAAUCAGACAAGUGGGGAGGGCUUCAUGCAAUGUUCAGCGCAGCAACGCCAGCCUGGCAAUCGACGACGACCUGUUCUCCGACCAAAGCUCUUGUGUACGGCCGGGGCUUGGUAUUCCCCACCCAAGGUUGGCGAUACGGUUGCUCGCGGGCCCAAGUGGCCUCGCGGAGACAUGUCGGACGGUGGACCGGGAGGUCUUGGAAGAGUGACAGAGCUGAAGAAAUCCAACAUGACUGCGAGGGUGGAGUGGGAUAUGACAGGGCUCAACGGCACCUACAAAAUGGGGUCGAUGGCGGAGUUCCCUCAGAACGCCGAGGAUGACACCGCCCCUGCCUCGGUCGAUGACCUACUGGUGUGGGAGGUAGUCAAGGUCGACCCAAGCGUGGGAGGCAGCGUGGUGAUGAAAGGAGGCGUGAACAACCUCACCCAAGAUGAGCGGGACGAGCCGUGGAGUCAGUUUGGACUGUCGCUGCUGGGAAACGCUACCCUAAUGUACUAUGCCACCGCCGAAGAGAACCAGCUAUUCUCGGUGCACUCCAGGACAAUGCUGCAGCCGAACGUAUGGACACAUGUCGCUGUGGUGCAGGCCAAGAACAGGUGCCGUAUCUACGUGGAUGGGGAGGAAGACGGGGAGGCAUCUCUUCCGCAGCACAUGAUCACCCCCGGAGGAAUGGUGAAGGACGUGCUAGAGUCUCAACACCCGUACGCCAACAACGUGGACAAGAUAUGGGACGUACGUGUGGAAGGGGCACUUUCGUACACCAUCUCCUUCGACAUGAUGACAAAGACAGAGCGGAACCACGAUUACGUGCGCUUCCUGAAGGUGCGCGUUGGUCUUGUUCAAGACGGUCCAUUUUUCGGAGAAGAGCGUUACUCGGGCGGUAGGAACGGGUCGGAGAGCAACUGGCCGGGGACAGGGGGAAGGCCUCCCCUGGUCAUCAACGCACCGAGUUUCGCCGUGUUUUUCCAUACGGACCAGUCCAACAACGACUGGGGUUUCAAGAUGUCCUCGUUGGCUUGCGUAGCCGCUCCUGAGGAGGCCGAUGAAGAAAAGAGCGAGGCCUCCCCAGCGAACCUGAAUCCGUUCCCAGUGUACCUCGGACAGCCCCCUUCCUACGCGUCCUCCCAGAGGUCGGCCAGCGGUCUGGCAUGCGCCCCUGCACCUCCCGAGCCGUCACUAAUGGAAGAGGAGGCCUGCACGGACGUGCUUAGCCUUGUGCAACGCUGCGCUUCGUCGAUGGAUGGCGUGCCUGGCCAAGGUGGAGGUCUCAGUCUGGAAGCAGGGACUAGCCCGCUCGUGUCCCCGCAGGUGCUGGGACCGUUGCUUGUGAUUCUGCUGCAAGGAUCGAUGAAGCUGAGACUAGCUGCUGCAAGGUUGUGCGAGAAACUAUUGCCGCAAGCGCCGCUGGAAAUGGUUCAGGUGCAACUGAGCAGGGCGGGGUUCUCUUCCCCGCUGGUUCCCUCCCCAUCCCCCGGGGUCGAGACGCGAACAGCCCCUCUCGUGCACGGCUUGAUGCUCCAAGUAGGGGAAACCCUGAGCGUUUGGUCUAGGAUGGCCGCGGCAGGGUCAGGAAUGACCAACAACGUCUACCUCCCGGGGUUGUCUUCGAAGGCUUCCCUUACUUCCGGAGAAGAGGCAUUUGCUUCGAUGAGUGCGCACGUGGGGUUGCUGCGGGCCUUGCUUGCCAAGGAGGGCUGGUCUCCGCCUUUGGCGGACUGCUUACGCGAGGCGUGUUCGAACCUACCACUGAUGACAAAGGCCCUGGAGGGAGCCGGUGCGUGUGAGAUUGAGGGAGGUGAACCGGAAAGAGUGGCCGAGGUGCUGUGUGACCCCAGACUCUGGAUGGUGCACGCAUGUCUCGCGCUGUUGGGAGGCAGUUUCGAGGGAUUGCAUGUCGGCGGAAGGGCCAUGGCGUUAAUGGGAGACAGAGACGAUGCCACGGUCGAACGGUGCACCGUGCUGGCGAUGGACUGGCCAAGGCUGCACCACCUGGCAGCGAUUGAAAGGGAAAAGUGUGCUACUACGUCCCGAACGGCCAACAAGGGGGUCGAUUUCGUGCCUCCUGCCAAGGACUGGGACGGGUUGCAGUCUCUAGGCGAUGCCGUCAUCGUUUGCCUGCACUCGGAGCCGGAAACCCCGCGAGUCCUUCCGCGAGGACGCGUAUCCCCGGAUUCCGCCCCGCUCCCGCCCUCUUUCCUGUCGGCUUUGGAAUCCCCCCCUUUCAACCUGCAAUCUCCUCCGAGGGGAGGUGUUAAGCUAUCGGCAGCGGCGGAGGCGGCGGUCGCUACCGCGAGGGAAGAGGGGACACCCGGCCUUAUCCCGUACGUCCCACAGGGACUUGUCAAACCCCUUGUGGAGGCAUUCGGUGUCCUAUCGGCUGCGGACGCCAUGGACAAGAGAGUCAGGCACAAACCUUCGGUGGUCGUAUCCGACGAAGAGCGCAUCCUCGAAAGCUCCCACCCUCACGCGAGAGGCGUCGACGAUAUUUACCCGCUAGACUUUCCAGGAGCGGACAGCAUAGAGCUAUUCUUCGACGAGGACUGCCGCACCGAGGAAGGAACGGCGUACAUCAGAAUCUACAAGGACGACACGCACACGGUUAUCUGGGGGGAGAGCAUGUACCAAGGCCGAGACAAGCACGGCAACUGGCCGGGAUUGGAUGGGAGGCCUGCCGUGUGCGUGCCUGCAUCGAGCUGCGUCAUCAAGUUCCACUCCGAGGAUCGAAAUCCGGACUGGGGUUUCCGCAUCGUAGCCAAGGCCAAGUGCAAGACCUUCACCCUUCCACCAGAGCGGCCACCGCUUUUGGGACCGUCCGCCUUGUCUUUGCUGCAGGCCUGUGGGGCGAAGGCUCUCAUAUCGCUGGUGACCUCAUGGCCGCAGUUCGUACCACACGCGCAGCCGCUGAUCAAGUCGCUCGCCGAGCGUGCGCUGGGAAAGAACAGUUCCCAGGACGACGUGAAGAAGAUGGCGAUACCACGCGCGACCAAGGUGGUGGUCGAAAGCGAGCAUCCCUAUUCCCACAACGCCGAUAGGAAGGAGACGGUCCGCAUCGAGGGAGCCAAGAAGCUUGUUAUCUCCUUCGAUGACAGGUCCAGGACGGAGCAGGGGUGCGACUUCAUGGUCUUCUACGCGGACGAGACCAUGUCCAAGGUGUAUGGGGACAACAAAUACACCGGGGGGAAAGACGGCCAUCCAUCAAACUGGCCCGGGACGGGAGGACGGCCUCCGCUUGAGAUCCCCGCUAGCCAUUUCUUCUUCCGUUGGCGGACUGACGGAUCGGUGAACGACUGGGGGUGGCGGAUGGUUGUGACGCCCACCAUGGAGAAGAUGGAUGCGGCUAGUCUUCCCCCGCCGAUGCUUCACAGCAAGUUGGCGUCGCUGCUACGCAUAUGCCGGGACUGCCCGAAGGAGCAGCCCCAAGCGUUGGGUCUGGAAAAUUUUGAAGCCGAACCAGCAAUCCAGCCUCUGCCCGAUGGCAGUAGCAUGCGCGUGGGCGAGCCGUCCUGGCCAUCGUCUAUCCAUUCCCCCAUCGUUUGGGACUCCUUUUUUGAGGCCCAGACCGCCAAGACUGACCUCUCCGCCGUGUCGACGGCGGAUUCGCCAGCUGUGGGGAUGCCCAAGAUACCCAGGUGUCUCAGACGGUACGGGCUGAGGGUGUUCGUGGUCAACCCGCGCGAUGCGGAGGAGAUUUCGCUGAGAGCAGCGCCAAGAACGGACUCCGACGAGGUGAGCAAGGUGCGGAUCAACACGCAAGUGCUUGUGGUGGAGGAGAGAGGUGACUGGAUGAGAGUAAUUCCGAUCAUUGUUCCGGUUCAAGCCGCUCUCCGGCGACUCGAGGAGCUGUGUGUUAGAUUCGAUGAAACACAGAGGCGAGGGACGGGCGGCGAGAUGUCAUCCGAGAAAGAUGACGAGUUUUUCGAGAAGGUCACCACGGCGUUCAGGAUGAGCCCCGCUGCCGCUGGCAAGGGCGACGUGGACGCCAUGUGGGCGCUACGCCGGCAAGGAGAUAUGCUGUACAUGGUGCCAAGGGAGGAAGCUUCAUCGCACCUGGUCACGCUCCCUGACGAGGAAGACGUCAUUUCCCUUGAUAAGAGAGAGGCAGCGAGCACGGCAGGCAGGGCUUCAUCGGGAACAGAGGGCGCUGCUUUCGAGGCAAGUCUUGAGGUUGUGGACCCACCGCAAGGACACGAGGUGGGGCCGGCAUCACAGGGUGCUUUCGGGGUUCAGGCCGGUGCUGAACUGACCAGUGAAGGCCACAGGCUCUGGAGCGCGCUGACUGAGACUUCGCACGCGACGGCCAUUAGGUUCAGCCGCCUGGCCCUCACGAGGAUUCUUGCUGGAUCGGCUGAAUCGUCAUAUCCCGGCAACAACAGCGGAUGUUCUCCAUUAGCGCUCGAUGACUACGGAGGACCCCACAUGUUCUUGACCUUGCUGCGCGCAACGUAUUCUGAGGCGCGGGAGAGUGAGAGCGACGUGGACAUCGCGGCCCUCGAGGUGCUGAAGAAGAAGAUCCUAGGCGCUGUCGGGCAGAAAUCAUCUGAGGAAGGGGAGAAGAUUGCUGACAUGCUCAUGGCCUUUGCCCUUCACCAGCUGAAGACGGCUGUUUCUCUUUCGAAGUUCCUGUGUCCGACGAAGGCUGUGGCCAGGAUCUUCGAGACGGCUCACAAUUACGCAGACAACACGGACACCUACACCAAGAUAUCUAUCCCUGGGGCCAAGCGGAUCCGCGUGGUUUUCGAUGAGAGAUGCAGUACGGAGAUGGGGUGCGACUUCGUCAGGAUAUACAAAGACGCAGAGCACACUGCCUACUGGGGUGAGCACAAGUACAACGGACCGGCGACAUCGCGAGGGAAGAUCUGGGCAGGGGUCGCAGGGUUGCCUCCCCUCACGAUCGAGGCGAACACCAUCGAGGUCCACUUCCACUCAGACGCGUCCAACAACGACUGGGGUGUCAGAAUGCACGCGUACGGUAUUAUGCAGGAGCCAACACCCGAAGAGCGAGCGGCCUACAGGCAGCUGCAGGAGGAGGUGGGCGACCCGGAAACUGAGCUGGCGUGCUGGCUGUUGGAGGCACUGGCGAAGGAAUCGCAGAGCAAACAUCUCAAGACACUCAUGCACCGGUUCUCCACAAUGGAGACCUUGGCAAGGUUCCUCGAGGCGGCUGACAACAAGGCCAAGAUAUGGGUGGUGCGCCUCAUCUCUUCGCUGUUACAGAGCGCCUGCUCGCCGAAAGCAGACUGUAACUCCUUGGAGGCAGCAGACUGGGACGACCGGCUUGAAGCAAUGUUCGAGCCUGCGGGACCAGUGCCAGUCCUCCUGGAGUUGGCGAAGAAGGAGGCCAAGGCGGAGGAAGACAAGGGAAUCUCCACGAGGAGCCCGCUGCUUCAGGCGCUGGUCCAGAUGGCUUGGCAAUGGAUGCCCUUGCCGUACGGGCCAAAGAUCAAGGCUGGCGACAUGGUCACCGUGGAGGUCGACGCCCUCAAGAAGGAAGCCUUAGUCGGACUCGCCUUCGGGCCAAACGGCUCUAGCGCGCGGAUCGAGCACGACGAGACUCCUCGAUUCCCUCCCUGGAGAGACGGGGAAGCUCUGCACCUAGCGGUUAUGCUGGGGGGUAAAGACAACGCGGUGCAGAUAGUGCGGCCGCCUUUGCCGUUGUGCUCGACUAAAACUUCUUUGUCUCCAUCGGGAGACACGACUUGGUGGGGAGCAAGGUUGGAGGGCGGGGAGCUGUGCGCGAUUAGGGGAGAGGAGUGGCUGGAGGGCGUGAAGGAAAGCAUGGAGCUCAUGUCGGCGGUGCUCAAGAGAGAGCUUCCAGCCACCUUUGUGGCGAAGGAGCUCCUGCCAAGUUGCCAGGAACGGGCGGCGCUGACUUUGGAAUCGUCUCACCCUCUCGGGGCUAGCCAUACCGAGGAGACUGUGACCAUCAAGGGAGCGACGAGCUUGGAGGUCGUAUUCGACGUGCGUACGUCCAUGGGGCCUGGUGACAAGAUCAGCGUUUACGGGGAUAGCGACCAAGGGCUGCAACGAGUGCUACAAGGCUUGGUGGGUGCAACGGAGUCCUCUUUAGGCUCCAACAACAGCGCGAAGGGAUGUAAAUCCAGCAGUGGCACCUUGGCAAGUAUUGCUGUUGGUGAUAGCGUGGUGAGGGGCCCCGCGUGGAACUGGGGAGAAGACGAUGGAGGGCCGGGGGGGUACGGCACCGUCAUUGAUAUCCGACCUUGGAAGGGCAAGCCUCGCAGUGGCGUCAAGGUCCGCUGGGCUGACACUUCGUUCGUCGGUCUGUACAGGUGGGACCACGAGGGCUGCUUCGAUGUCCUCAUCGUGGCGCACAGCAGCACAUCCACCAAACCGAUCGUCAUCAAGGGCGACAGUCUCUCCAUCCACGUCGACCCAGACUCUGUCUCGGAGCCAUCAUCGAUACAGUCCAGCAGCAGCAGUGCUUCCACGCCCCGCCUACGACUGCGAGACGGGGCCAGCGUGUCGGUUAAGCUGAAGCCGAGCAUGGGCAGGGAUCUGCUGUCCGGUGAAUUCACCGUGGAGGCCUGGUUUAGACUCGAGGCAAGUUUCGUUGCAAGCGUGGACGGUGGCUUGGAAUCGAGGGCUUACCCGCUCUUGUCUCGGAGUAUCAUGGAUGGGAUCAGCCAGAUCAACAUCAAUGCAGUGUCAACGAUGGACCGUCGGCGGGCGACCGUUCACGUGAACAUGUACCAGAGCAAUGGCCUGACCCCUGGCAUCUCUUUCAGCGGCGGCGUUCUCGCCCCGGGACGUUGGGGACACGUGGCAUUCUCCAUUGAUGCUGCUGGGAGCGCCAAGCUGUUCGUCAAUGGUUCUGAGGUGGCCAGCGGGUCGUUCCAAGGAUCGCGCAUGGUGAUAGAGGAUUGCGAUAUGGUGCUGGGGGACUCUCUCGACAACGUGGGUACGCUUAAUGGCCACGUGUACGAUCUCCGCCUUUGGUCGACAGCGUUGGGCGCCGCUGAUGUGACGAUGAGGCUCAAGGCGUUGCCUGAGGCAGGGUCGCCCGGACUUGUCGUGAACUUCCCCUUCACGGAGGGCGAGGGAGCAGUAUUGCACAACCGAGGUUCCUUCUCCGAAAUCGCCGCUCUGCCGAACCUUGGCUGCACCUGGACCACGUCUGUGGAGCCCCCCGUCGAGCCGACUCUGUCCCAUUGGGGUUGGCGCUGUACCGUUACGCCGAUCUACUCCUUUGAGGGCCUAUCUGGACUGCCCGAGGUGGAGGAAGAGCUGGAGGCGCUACGCGGGCUUUACGGCAGCGCUGACGUGAAGCAUGACCAGGCCCUCGUGCGGUACGUGAACUCGUUUGCAGAGAAGAAGUCCUACGAUGCGGAGCGUCUCCUUCGCUGCUCGUGGGAUGACAUGGCUCCAUCGGAGGAAGACCUCGUCAGAGACCCACUUUUACGAGAGCUGUUCCUUUGGCAUCGCCCGCCGGCCGCUUCACGCGGUUCCAUUGCAUCGAAGCAGAGCGAGGGAGCUGCCGUUCAGUCCCCUGAUGGAGGCGUGGAGGAGACGAAGGGGGAAGACGGGGUCCUGGCUGAAACUAAGGAGGAUGCCAAAGGCGUCUCGGGACAGGCGGGAGAUGGGGCACGUGGUGAAGGCAAGGGUGCGGAGGGGGCCAGGGUAGGGGUCGGACCGCUAUUCAGGAAGAACAAAGGUGGUAUCGCUGCGCGGUUCCAGGUGCUCCAGGUCAUGAACAGGAAGCUCCGAGAGGCGCUGCCGUACUUCGAUCUCGCCCAGUUGGAUUGCGAGUUGUCGGCGGCUCAACUUCUGUCCAACUGCCGCGGAUUGAUCUUCCGCGCGAUCAAAGAGCCGGUGUUGCUUUCGGCCUUGUCGGACACGGCCUACGCCGACGGUGGACAGUUCAAUCUCAACCUCAGCCGUUCCAAGGCGGCGAAGCACAUCCACCUCGGGCACACUGACGCCGAAGGAAGAUGGUCUGUGUUCGGCCAGGCGUUCAGACAGAUGAACACCAUGCACCCGAGGAGUCUUCGCACGCACUCGAAGCUGUACAACUGCGUUUUCAUGGGCGAGCGUAGCCAAGACGCCGGGGGGCCGUACCGAGAGUCGUGGUCGAUGUACGCCCAGGAGUUGCAGUCGAGCGCGCUGCCGCUGCUGAUCCGUACGCCAAACGGGGUCCAUGCGGCAGGCAUGGGGCGAGACCGAUACGUGCCUAACCCUGGGGCGACGUCGCCUGACCAGGUGGAGAUGUUCGUCUUCCUCGGGAAGAUCAUGGGACACGCCAUAAGGUCGAAGGAAUACAUCGGCCUGAACCUGUCGGUGGUGGUGUGGAAGGCGCUGGUGGGGCAGGAAGUACAGCUUUCAGACCUCGAGAACGUGGACGUGCUGCUCACCAGGAGCAUGCAGGACAUCCGCACCAUCGACCAGAAGGGUGUCACCCGUACGCUGUUCUCGGACAUCGUCAUGGAGAACUUCACGGCAGUUUCUCUCGAUAAUAGAGAGGUCGAGCUCAAGCCGGGCGGCAAGAACAUAUCGGUCACGUGGGACAACCGCUUCGAGUACGCGGACCUCAUGGAGAAGCAGCGCCUGUCUGAAUGCUGCAGCAUGGUCAAGCACAUCCGGAAGGGAUUGGCAAUGGUGGUACCACUGACGGUUCUGGGAAUGUUCAACUGGGACGAGGUGGAGACCAUGGUCUGCGGAAAGCCGGAAGUGGACGUCGACCUCCUCGAGGCGAUUGCGGAGUACUCCGGGUGCAGGAAGGAGCAACCGCACAUCAAGUUCUUUUGGCAGGCGUUGCGCGAGUUCACCCCACAAGAGCGAUCGAUGCUCAUCAAGUUCACCUGGGGACGGACGAGGCUACCGCUCACGGCGGAGGGCUUCAGCCAGCGCUUCAAGCUGCAGAAUUUCGCGCGCUCUCCCGCAGACGAUUAUCUGCCAGUGGCUCACACGUGCUUCUUCAGCUUGGAGCUGCCGGCCUACAGCUCUCUUGAGGUCAUGAAGGAGCGGCUGCUUUUCGCGGCGUUUAACUGCAGCGCAAUCGAUGGAGAUGACAACUUCGCUGGGAUGAAUGCGGCAGCCCUUGGAUGGGACUGGGAUGAGGAAGAUGACGUAGGCGGGGAGGGGGCCGCACAGGCCUGACGCGGCGGAUUGGGUUUAGGCCGAUCCCUUCGGCUCAUUGAUUUGUUUUCCUUGUUAGUGCACAAGCGGAGAGUGAGUUUGCUGCGUGCAUUUUCUUGUUGCCAUCUCGCCUACGUAAUCGGGAUACAGGGGUAAGGAGACAGACUGAGAUAUACAUCAAGAAAUUAAACCAAUUGGGUAGUCGCGGCGUAAUGGUAGAAGGAGUGAAGUACAAGAGUGAUUCAAGACUUGCGUUUUCGACGUGGGGUCGUAACCGAAAGCGCCCUGUGGUUUGUCUGGUUGUUGUCUUGUGGAAGUGAAAAGUUUAGAUGGGCUAGUCGCUAGUCAACGUUCAUUGCCCAGUCAGAAUGUAUUCGUAGAUUCGAUAACCCUCUGUUGUGGAUCACCGAUCAAGUGGGUGGGAAUAACUGAAGUUGUUAAAGGAAGAGAUGCAGCGACCUUCGCGUCUGAGAUUAAUUCGCCAACGAGAUCUGUACAAGGGUCGCAUCUCCCCGAACAUCUUUGGAGGACGGUUCUCUUUUCAUAUUGGCGUCGCGGUGCUAAGUCUGAUUUUGGCGGCACAAGACCCGGGUUCUAGUACUGUACUUUAAUGCGCAUACAGGGGGGUCCCGCAUAAGGUGGUCUAAAUAAGGCGGGUCGCCCAUAUAAGGCAGGUGAAAUUGGCUGACAUUGAAGACACAUUGAAUACGGUGGCUGUCCCGUCAUGAGGCGGUCGUUACCAGCUGCCCCGCCACCGCCUAUUGAGGCGCCCUCACUGUAUGUAUCAUUUCGAUGUUUUUCGU